AUGCCUACUCCUACCGUUGACAACUUUAAAAAUAUAGCUGAUGAGUUCUACGAAAAAUGGAACUUUCCUUAUUGUGUGGGUAGUAUUGACGGGAAACACAUAAGAUUGAGGUGUCCUAAAAACUCAGGAAUUGUCGACGCCAAAUAUAGAUUUAUAAUGAUAAACGUUGGCGGUUAUGUUAAGGAUAGUGAUGUUGGUAUUUUGUGCAAUACAAAUUUUCACCAACGUCUAGAAUCUGGUACUCUCAAAUUACCAAUAGAAAGGAAAUUGGGCAAUUCGGGUAUCUCAGCCCCCUAUGUUUUUGUUGGUGAUGAGGCGUUUCCUCUUAGAAAUUAUCUAAUGAGACCAUUUCCAAGAAACCAAGCACAAGAAACAAACAAGUCAUAUUAUAACUACCGAUUAUCCAGAGCUAGAAUGACUGUUGAAUGUGCAUUCGGUAUCGCAUCCUCAAAAUUUCGAAUUUUAUUGAAGGCAAUAGAAACUAAAGUUGAAAAUGCCGACCAAGUGAUGAGCCAAGAAAUAAAGAAAUAA